CACAUCGCACCAUCAUCUAGCUGAUCACAUGUAUAGCAUAUGCGUUUGCUUACCCACGGAAGUGUAGAUACUUAGUGCCGCGCGACCGUGUCAAAAAGCUCAGUACGUGAAUGGUUUUCAUGUGAAGCGGUUGCUUGAAAAGUGAAGCGGGGAAUACACCGUUUGCACCGUUAGUUUGAAAAGUUAGAGCAACCAUAGCCAUAGUAUAUGGAGUAUGUGUACGAUUGUCAACUCGCCUACAAAAUCAAUCAACGAUCAGAGCUUAGAGAGCUGAAUUAUUUAAAUUAAAGCACAGAUACACAGUGACUUUCAAAAAAGCAAAGUAAAGCGUUACAUUUAAAAAAGUUUUGUCCAAAACUGCUCAGCUGGACUGAAAUAAUCAAACAAUCGGCAGCAAUACAAGCGGUGCAUUGGUUUUUUCAGCACAAAAUUUCAAUAAUCGUAAACAAAUUGUAACUCAAAUUUCAUAAUAAACAAUACGUAAAAAAUGGCGGAUAUGAACGCAACCGACAGUGACGUAUGGAAAUUCCUAUUCGUCGAAUUAGCUGAUGCACGUACAAAUGAUUGGUUUCUAAUUAAAUCGCCGGUGCCGAUAUUCUCAAUUGUUGCGCUUUAUUUGUACUUUGUGCUUUCUUGGGGCCCGCGUUACAUGCGCGAUCGCAAGCCAUUCAAAUUGGAAAAUACUUUGAUUGUGUACAAUUUCAUACAAGUAUUGGUCAGCGCAUGGAUGGUCUAUGAGGGCUGCGUUGCAUGGCGAAAUUACAAUUGGCGUUGUCAGCCGGUGGAUCGCUCGUUCAGUCCACAGGCCGUGAGGGAAGCGCGAGGCGUCUACGUCUACUAUUUGGCGAAAAUCAGCGAAUUAUUGGAUACCGUCUUCUUUGUGUUGCGUAAAAAUGAACGUCAAGUCACAUUUCUGCAUGUCUAUCAUCAUUCCGUUAUGCCAUUGAUCUCAUGGGGCACCACCAAGUAUUAUCCCGGCGGCCAUGGCACCUUCAUCGGUUGGAUCAACUCAUUUGUGCACAUCGUUAUGUACACCUACUACUUCUUAUCGGCAUUCGGUCCAAAAAUGCAAAAGUAUUUGUGGUGGAAAUCGCACAUUACCACACUACAAAUGGUUCAAUUCUGCAUGGUCUUCAUUCACCAAACUCAGCUGCUUUACACCGACUGCGGUUAUCCCAGAUGGAGUGUUUGUUUCACCUUGCCCAACGCCAUUUUCUUCUACUACCUCUUCAAUGAUUUCUACCAGAAAUCAUACAAAAAGAAACAACAAGCACAAGCAGAUGCCCUAAGCGCCAAAUGCGCGGCCGCAGCUGCAGCCAACGAUAACAACAACGAUGUAAGUGCCAAGAAUCUGAAUGGUGUACCGGAAAUUACGGAGAACACGGCACAAGCGAAAAAGAAUCUGUAAAACUCGGCGGCACUAAAUUUGUCAGUUAGAAGUCUCAAAACAUUUUAGUAAAACCAAAAUGACCGCUGUGUCGACGCCGCUCCUGCCAGGCUGUCAGCCACCUCUCUAUCUCAGUUGUAUAAAUGGUAUUAUUUUUAAGCACAAUCAAAUUAUUCCUUUCUUGCCUUUUUUGUUGCUGUAAGUACCUUUAUAUGUAGGUAUGUAUUUAUAUAUAUUGUGUUUGGGGGUUUUAGCUCUAAGUUCUUAGUAGUUAUGUAAGCGUCAUUUAAACCGGUUAGUUUUAAUUGAUUUAUGUACAUAUUAACAGCAAGGAUUCUGAGCAAAAUAAGUAACAGAUUUAUUGUAUAUUCUAACUAUACAAUUUAUUAUUUCUAAGUCAAACUGAGUCAUUUGGAAGUCUUGUUGAAAUUUGUACGUACAAUGCCAGUAAUUUGCUUAGGAAAAUUCAUAAUGAAUUUUCUUCACUCCAGCAAAUAUGAAGUCAAUAUCGCGCUUGUACCUUAAGUUAAGGCAAAACAAAUAUAAUAAAAUAUUGUAAGAAUAUUGUUUAAAUAUCAUAAGAAAUUCUAUGCAUAUGUAUGUUUUUAGUUCUAUGUAAUAUUAUAUAGAUAUUAAGUCAUAUGCGGAAAUAAAAUUACUUUGUAUAUAACGAUA